AUGGCCUCGAGAAAUAACCCCACCACCUGGGACCAGUAUGAGCGCGGCGGAAUGUCACGAACCGGCAGUGUUUCUUCGAUAGGGAACAGGAGUGUACAGUUUGAAAACGAGUCUCUCCUAGGAAGGAGUGUGGACUCCAACCAGGACGAUGGCGAGUGGCCACACCUGAGACGGAGGAGAUCCUCCAUCACCAACCGCCUGACUGCCCUGACAGACAUCGGCGGUGUCAACAGUAUCCGUUCCUUCACCCGCAGUUGGCAGCGUGCGGCUGGUUUCAGUGAAGUUAUCCCCCAACGACCCUCGUUCGUCUUUGCGCCAGACCAAACCCACCAGCCGAUUCAGUAUGGCCGAAGUCCCAUCGACACGGCCGAACAAGGCUCCGCCGAGAGGACCUCCCUGCUCCACGAGCACUUCCAGGCCGCUGCCCACCAACAAAGUCUCGCCGACCAGCCCAUCAGGGAGGAAAGGGAAAGCCCUGAGCCAGGCGCUAGCUUCUCUCCAGGCCGCCAGGUCGCUGCCGCUGACUACCGUGAACGGGAGGCGAAGGCCCUCGAGCAGGAACUAGGAGGACCAUUGUUCCGGACUGGCAGUCAUCAGUCGAUGUCGGUGUCAGCAGGGCGUCCAUGGCCGAGGCGGCUGCGCUCUGGCAGCAGCAGCAGGAGAGCGGUGCCAAUGUUCCAGAUGACGAAAUUGCCCCUAUUUUGGUCAAGGAGGUGGAGCAGGAUGGCAAGAUUGUGCUGGCUGUCGAGGGUCAGUCUACGCUGCCCCAGACUGUGUUCAACUCGACCAAGUAAGUGCCACUGUCUGCUUUCCGUGUUCAGUCUGGUGAGUGUACUGACGUUCCGAAGCGUCUUGAUCGGCGUUGGUCUCCUGAGCUUGCCCAUGGGUAUCAAGUAUGCCGGUUGGAUCAUAGGCAUGGUGGCCUUGUUCCUAUGCGCUGCAGUAACGGCUUAUACGGCCAAACUCCUCGCAAAGUGUAUGGAUCUGGACCCCAGCCUGAUCACCUUUUCCGACCUGGCCUUCAUCUCUUUCGGACGCAAUGCGCGAAUAGCGACCAGUGUGCUUUUUACGCUCGAGCUUCUUGCUGCAUGUGUUGCGCUGAUUGUGUUGUUUGCUGACUCUCUUGAUCUGCUGUUCCCCGGGUUCUUGUCUGUAAAUGGGUGGAAAGUGUUUUGCGCCGCGAUACUGAUACCUCUGAACUUCAUGCCACUGCGGCUGCUGAGUUUUACGAGUAUUCUUGGUAUCUUUUCCUGCCUCAGCAUUGUGCUCAUCUUGCUGCUCGACGGGUUCUUGAAGCCAACUACACCUGGUUCCCUCAUUGAGCCGGCAAAGACCUACCUUCUCCCUGAGAACUGGUUGACUUUGCCGCUGUCUUUCGGGCUGCUCAUGUCUCCUUGUGUGUUUCCAAAUAUCUAUCGUGACAUGAGACAUCCCUACAAGUACGCCAAGGCGCUCAAGUAUUCCUUCUCAUUCACCUACAUUCUUGACGCCGUCACUGCCGUUGCCGGUCUCCUGAUGUUUGGCGACGACGUCCGCGACGAGAUCACUUCCAAUCUCUUGAUGGAAGCCAGCUACCCGCGAGUGCUCACCGUGUUCAUGACCUUCUUCGUGGCCAUCAUCCCUCUCACCAAGAUUCCCCUGAAUGCUCGCCCUAUCGUGUCGACGAUCGAGGUCCUGUUCGGCCUGAACACUCAGACCGUUGCCGACAAUGCUGGUUUCAUUGGGAGGUCGAUGUAUUUCCGUGGGGUGAUGAAGGUGGUCGUCCGUGUCGUGGUCAUCAUUGUGUUCUUGGUCAUUGCGAUUCUCUUCCCGGCCUUUGAUAGCAUCAUGGCCUUCAUGGGGAGCGCUUUGUGUUUUACCAUUUGCGUGACCUUGCCAUUGGCCUUUUACCUGAAGCUCUUCGCGAGUGAGAUUCAGAGCAAGGAGAGAAUCGCAGUCAUGAGCAUGAUGAUUCUGUCGACGAUUCUAAGUGUCAUCGGAACUAUCUGGGCCUUUUUGCCCAAGAGCUGGAUUGGUGCCGAGAAGGUUGCUGCUGACCCCACCUACUUUCAGUGA